UUCAGCUUGACGUUUUUCUCAAAUGUUUCCUCGAUAUGCAGAAAUGAGAGCUGUAAAUGCCCAGUCCGUGUUCUUUGCUCUUUGUACACUUCCGUGAUUUUUGUUGUGAAGAGUAAACUAAGUGCUCCGUGCUCUUUAAUAUGAAGCGCAAAACAGUUAAAUCUGACAGAAAAAAUCAGUCUGCUGGAAGACUGCAACAGUCUGGCCAGAAACCUAAGGAUUUAAAUGCGCAUGCAAGCCCUUCUUUCUUAAGAUCCAAGUGGAAAUGGACUUGGACUAAAAUAGCACUUUCUCUCUGCGUCCUCUCUGUAUCAGUACCAUUUCUUCUACAUCUCUUCUCUGACUCUAUUGACCUGAGCCGACCUUCAGAUAUAGGGCUCAAUCACACUAUAAACAUGUACCUUACGCCCGAGGAGGGAGUGAACGUGGGCGUGUGGCACACUGUACCUGAGCAUCGAUGGAAGGAGGCACAGGGGAAAGAUCUGGACUGGUACGAGAGUGCUCUGGGGGACGGAUCGCCCGUUUUCAUCUACCUCCAUGGCAAUGGGGGUAACAGAUCCGCACCCCAUCGUAUUGGAGUUGCAAAUGUCUUGAGUGCUCUUGGUUAUCACGUUUUGGUGAUGGACUACAGAGGUUUUGGGGACUCCACCGGAGAGCCUACAGAGCCUGGUCUGAUUACUGAUGCUAUGUACUUGUACCACUGGGUUAAAGCACGCAGUGGAAACAGCCCGGUGUGUGUGUGGGGUCACUCGCUUGGCAGUGGUGUUACAACUAACACUGCAGUGAAACUACUGGAGCAAGGAGAGCAGUUUGAUGGAAUAAUACUCGAGGGUGCAUUCGGAAAUAUACAGUUUACAAACAAUCAAUCUUUUGAACACCCGUUUACUUGGUUUUAUUGGAAGUUCCCCUACAUCCAGUUCUUCCUUUUUAAUCCACUUAAAAACAACUUUUUGUUCUUUCCUACUCAAGAUAAUUUGCAGAAACUUAGAACUCCCCUCUUGAUCCUCCAUGCUGAAGAUGACCAUUUAGUGCCCCUUGCCACAGCUCAAGAGAACUACAGAAUUGCAAAAAAGGCCCAGAACUCGGAUAAGCGGGUCAGACUGGUCCCAUUUGAUGGAUCGCUUGGAUACCUUCAUAAUGGUCUAUAUAAAGACCCUGCUUUGCCAGAUAUCAUAAGGGAGUUUGUGCAGUCACUGAUGACAUGAGAGAGAGAGAUUUACACACCAACUAAUAGCCAGCUAAAUAGCUUUUUAUACAACUGGUGUUUUAAACAGUAUGCAUUUCUUGAAUAAAACAUUGUAAUGUCUGAUGUUUUUCCUCCAAAUUCCCAUUCUCAUUAAUAUUUGUAAAAUGAAUUUCUUUCUAGAUGUAAAUGACAUUUUUAAUGUUAAAUACAAUAAAAAGAGAUUUGUAUUACUGUA